UGGCCACCUAGCAGAAUGAUGCAUAGUGGAAUGAUGCAGCCUUAAUGUCUCACCGGCGGCUGACACCCUCCCCAGCUCAUGACAUCCCAUCCAAGUGCCUUGCCAGUUCAGUUUCGGCCACCCACACUCAGUGGGCUCUCCCGGGUCACCAGCAGCCUGUAUAUCAGCAAUGGCGCGGCUGCCAACAACAAGGUCAUGCUGUCAGGCAACCAGAUUACCUCCAUUAUCAACGUGUCCAUGAAGGUGGCAAAUACCCACUAUGAGGAUAUCCAGUACCUGCAGGUGCCCAUAACUGACACCCCCGUCUCUUGUCUUUCCGACUUCUUUGACCCCAUCGCCGACCACAUCCACAUGGUGGAGAUGAAGCAGGGGCGCACGCUGCUUCACUGUGCCGCAGGGGUGAGCCGCUCGGCCACCCUUUGCCUUGCCUACCUCAUGAAAUACCACACCAUGUCGCUGCUAGAAGCCCACACAUGGACCAAGGCAUGCCGGCCCAUCAUCCGGCCCAACAGUGGCUUUUGGGAGCAACUCAUCCACUAUGAAUUUCAACUGUUCGGCAAGAAUACUGUGCGCAUGGUCAACUCCCCUUUGGGAGUGAUCCCUGAUAUCUACGAGAAGGAGGCCCGUUUGAUGGUUCCACUGUGAGCAUUGCCACCAGGGCAGAGGUACAGAGCUGCCAUUGAGACACCACUAAGAUCUUGAUUAGAAUGUCUCACCUUUGGUUGACACAGGGA